CAUCACCGCUGCCAACCAAUCGUGAAAGCGAGGCUGCUGCAACCUGCCGUUUCCUGUUGUGCCACAUGGGGGGACAUCGAGGCAGUGUGCAUCUCGGGGAGCCGUGUUGCUCUUCCUUCGUCCCCGCUCCCCUUCGUCCCCGCUCCCCUUCGUCCCCGCUCCCCCUCGUCCCACAUCCCUCUCGUUCCACAUCCCUCUCGCUCCACCUCCCCGUCGACUUCCGGUUUCCACCAUUUCCUUCCAAUGGUCUGCGACGAGGUGGUGCUUACAUUGAAGUGGCAUCAAGCAUGGAGCCUAGCGCCAAGCGGCGGCGACUCGGACACAUCGCCGACACAGUACCGCGGGUUACCGCUCCGAGAUCACGCGAUAUACCGAUCGAGCCCAGCUUGAACGACGUGCACGAUGUCGAAGACGAUGUAUUCGACCCAACUCAUGCCUUUUUCGAGGCACUGCCCAGCGCCGUUCAGCGGAUCGGCCCUCGGCACCAAAGUAGUUCAAGCGACGCGGAAACAGCGCAGUCUGACCUCUCGCCGUGGGUGAAGGAUAUCUUUCCCCACUUUCUACCCUUCAUCCCAUCAGUGGAUCGCAAUCCCGUUGAUUUGCAGUCCCCGAAUCCAUUCCUCGAACCCGAUGAGCUUGAGGUCACGCAUCCCGUGCUCCGUAAGCCUGCUACUACUACUCGUCCGCCACCCCUGCCUUCAGGGUCCGUCAAUGGCUUUCUCAAGUUCAAAUUCAGCAACAACAAGAGAAAGUACUCCGAGUCUUUCUCUGGUCCACCUCCUCUGUUGCCCGCUGCGGUAGACCACGCUGCCAGUGCCAGUCAGCAUAAAACAACAUCAGUCGACCCACGUGUCUUGGUCUUGAGAAACAGCAGCCAUGUACCCCCUUUACCUCCUAACUUUGGUCAUGUUUGUCUCCGUGGGCACACUGAUCGCGCGCUAUUUGCCUUCUUUCUACGGGCCAUUGUACCUGGAAGGACGGUCAUCGAAGGCGACAAUACUUACAAGACCGAGAUCGCCCCAAUCGCUGCCGAAAACGAUCUGGUCAAGUGUUGCAUCUUGUCCUUGGCCGCAACUUAUGUCUUGGAUUUCGUCCAAACCCCAACUCUCCUCCAGCGUGCAGGUUUCAAUCACAAGAAAUCCAUGGUGCUCCUUACCGAGGAGUUGAACAAGCCUGAUACCUACAAGCCUGGUCAUGAAGUUGCCGUCUUGGCGGCUCUCACCUUACUAGCUCACAACGAAGUCGUCAACUGGGAAAUCGCAAGCCGUGAACCCUCCCCGAAAUGGUAUCGUGCGUCGAAGAAGGCCGAGUUCAUCAUGAGCAGAACCAACCCGGGUUAUCGCUAUUCCAAGCCCAUCAACGUGCAAUGCACCACUGCACGGACGCAGAUCGCCCACCUGUUCUGCUACUACAUCGUCAUGAGCGACUGCGUCUGUCCCCUUAACUUGGAAACGACCGAGUGCUCCUUCUCGUGGCUCAUGAAUGGACAGGACCAGGAACAACGCACCAUUGUCGGCAUGGCUGGACUGUCGCCCAAGUUGACCCAUUUCAUCGCCAAGAUUACGUUUCUGGCUGGCACUCUCCUCAAGAAUCCUACUGCCGUGGCAAGUCUCCUUGUUGCUGGGCAGAUCGAGAAGCUCCUCCAGAGCUUCCCCCAGUCAUCGCUACUCUCCAAGGGAUACCCUACCCUGGAAGCAAUGCUGGCGGCAUGCACGCUGAACGAAGACGGCAAGGUCACCACUGCCGCGGAAGUGACAGACCUCAUUGCAGGUUCUUAUGUCGCCGCGGCGCAGAUAUAUCUUCAAUGCCGCGUUUUCCGCCGGACGAGAUCGCACCCCUUAGUGCAGCGUGUCCUGGACCAGCUGCUGUCUUGUAUCACCCGACAACCCACAUCCGGAAACCUCUUCACUGCCCAAACGCCGUUGUAUUCUGUAUUCGUAGCCGGGAUUGUUGCCUACAAGCCUCACCAUCGUGACGUUGUGAGGAAUUGGUUUCUACCAAUCUGCCCGGAUGCCCGAGGUAACGUGCCACCCGCCUGGAGGGCGAUGCAGAGUGUCUGGGAGUGGAUGGACACUCGGGACUUUGGCUUCCCCGAGCCGACUUUUGGAGACCUGAUGGACGAGGACGGCCGUGUUGCUGACCGCCAUGCGUGGUGGGAAGAUCUCGUGGCGGUCUUGAUGGAGAAAGAGGGAAGGAUGAACCUCUCUUGAACGCUCUUUAUGAAACAAUAUAGAAACAAUGCCCGCCCCCUUUUGUUUGCCGAGAUGUUCUAGCCAGCAUCUAAGCUGGCCCAGUCGGUUUCUUCAGCCAUGCCUCUCAGUGCCACAGUCAUUGU